GAUAGAUGCUGACAGACAGACAGACUUCAGACAGGCAGGGAGACAGAAGGAUAGACGGUAGAGCACAGAAAGAAAAAGAGAGCUAUAUGGAGAGAAAGAGGAGGUGGGUGGAGUUACUCUAAAAGGGGGCGUGGACACACAGCUGUCACUCACUGGCGGUAGCCAUGGAGAACGGGCGGUCCUGAACAGCAGGACAUCCAAUGGGAGACGACGCUGCUUGUGUCACCAUGGUGACGGGGCUGUGCCCAGGGAGGUUGUGAUGGGUUGACAGGUGCGUGACAAUCGGAGCUCUCUGCAAGCAUGUACGCCAAAGGCAAGAGUAGCAACGUGCCGUCCGACAGCCAAGCCAGAGAAAAGUUGGCUCUUUAUGUGUACGAGUACCUGCUGCAUGUAGGAGCACAGAAGUCAGCACAGACCUUUCUCUCAGAGAUCCGAUGGGAGAAGAACAUCACAUUAGGAGAACCUCCGGGGUUCCUCCACUCAUGGUGGUGUGUUUUCUGGGACCUGUACUGUGCAGCUCCAGAGAGAAGAGACACAUGUGAACACUCCAGUGAGGCAAAGGCCUUCCACGACUACAGUGCCGCAGCAGCACCGAGCCCAGUCCUCGGUAACCUUCCCCCAGGAGAGGGCAUGCCAGUAGGGCCAGUCCCACCGGGAUUCUUUCAGCCAUUUAUGUCACCUCGAUACCCCGGAGGACCAAGACCGCCCCUCAGAUUACCGAAUCAGGGUCUUGGAGGAGUUCCAGGGAGCCAGCCUAUGUUACCAAGUGGAAUGGAUCCCACAAGACAGCAAGGACAUCCAAAUAUGGGAGGACCAAUGCAGAGGAUGACUCCACCCAGGGGCAUGGUCCCACUAGGACCCCAGAACUAUGGAGGUGGGAUGAGGCCACCACUGAAUGCUCUGGUUGGUCCUGGGAUGCCUGGUAUGAGCAUGGGACCUGGUGGUGGUAGACCCUGGCCAAAUCCUCCCAACUCCAAUUCUACCCCAUACUCUUCUGCGUCACCAGGAAGCUAUGCGGGACCUCCGGGGGGAGGAGGGCCACCUGGAACACCAAUAAUGCCAAGUCCAGCAGAUUCAACUAACUCUGGCGACAACAUGUACACUAUGAUAAACACAGUCCCUCCAGGUGGAAGCCGGCCAAAUUUUCCUAUGGGUGCAGGCAGUGACGGUCCAUUAGGGGGAAUGGCCGGGAUGGAGCCACAUCACAUGAAUGGCUCUUUAGGGUCGGGCGAUAUGGACAGUCUCCCCAAGAACUCUCCUGGUAACCUAAGUAUGAGUAAUCAGCCUGGGACGCCUCGGGAGGAUGGAGAGAUGGGAGGAAACUUCCUCAACCCUUUUCAGAGCGAAAGUUAUUCUCCAAACAUGACGAUGAGUGUGUGAGGGCUCUGGAAGCAGGUUUGGUCUGUCGCUCAAUAACCUGGUGUGGCUCACCAAAAAGCAGUGAGACAUGAUGUGAUGCCAUCUAGGCCAGUGACUCUUCCUCCACCACCUGCCCAAUCGGACAGUAGCCCCAGGCACCAUCUUACUACUACUACCCCCCCUGACCGAAGUCCCACCCUUCCAUGGUUUCUGUCCAUGUUUCUACGCUCCUGUUUUUCUCCAGUUCUAAGUGGUGACUCUGCUACCUUCAUCUGCUCUUCCUCUGCUCCAAUGAGACUGUACAAAGGAACUAAAUUGACCCAGAGGAGAACUGUAAAUUUGCAUACGGUGUGUAUGAGAGUGCAAACAGUCCGGUCACAGACAGAUUUUCCUGCCUUUGCAUCAGAUCACAAAGCUCGGCACCCAAAAACAAAAUACCAGUAGCCUAAAGUUAAAAUUCCAGUGAGUUUAAAUAUAUAAAGUCACUGUUUGAUUGAUCUAAAUGGCUGUCAUCAAGUCUUCUUUUUUCUAAUUAGUCUGUUUGCAGUACCAGAAGAGAAGUGGAGAGACAUCGCAAUCCUUGGGCCGAUAUUUGAGAAGUCUUUUUAGAGUUUGUAAAUGUCUAAAGACCGCAUACAUUGCAUUUAAAGUUUUAUACUAUCAAUGGUUUUCUCAUCCCACUUGACAAUAUUUGUUUUCGUAUUUAAUUUGAAGGCGAAUGUUCAUUAAGAAAAAAACUCGCUCAAGGCUUAAAGUGAGACUAUGAACCUGCUUUAACAGCGGCCAACAUGCAACAGGUGGAAAUGGGAAAUGUCUAAACACAAAAGUCGGCAAAGUGGCAUUGUAGAUAGGUCAUUGCAUUAGCUAACAUUUAGCAACUAAAAGCUAAUGGUCAUACCAGACCAAGCAAGACAGAUAAAGCAAAAGUCCUGAAUGUAUUGAACUAAGCAUUCAUGCAUUCUAGUAGUUACGGAUUCAUCUUUCAAUUAGUCUGAGGGAAAACAAGCUAAUUCGUCUUUAAAAACUUCAUAGUCUGGCUUUAAGUCACAUAAGAUCAGUCACUAUGCUAAUUGUAAUUAAACUGAAGUCAGCAUAAGGCUGAGGAAUGUUUGCACAAAAGUUAGUACUCCGUAGUACUCCGUAGUACUCAGUAGUACUGUACAGACUGAAAGUUUUUAUUUCACCUGAACUCUUACUACAAUUCAUCCUGUGGGUUUUUCCCAUUAUGUGCUUUUGUGGGGCCGAAGCAAAUGUUUUUGACAGAAAUGAAGGAAAUCAUUAGUUUGUUUGUUUGUUUUACUUGGUGACAAAACAUGCUCCCAUAUCCUAGACAUAAAAAUGUUCAAAUGAGAAAGAGAAGUAAUAAGAGGUAAGCAGUAUGGAUGAUAAACUGCAAGCUUUGGUCACUCAUACUUAACUGUCAUCCGGAAAAACUGUGAUUUUUAGUAUGAUGAACAAUUGGUUGGUACAGAAAAUUAAAACAAGCUCGUUUUUAAAUAAUCUUUGAAACCUUUUUCACUGCCCAAGAUGAAUUAUUAUCAUGUACAAAGGGUGAAUAUUCCUGCAAACAUUCUCCUUUCCCUUCCCUUACUGCAAAGUGUACAGCUCACAAAUGUAGCUCCUCUGUCUUGUAUGUGUAUUUGAUAUUAUUAUUAUUAUUAUUUAAAGAUAAUGCUAGAGAGAAUUAUUAUUGCAAAGGGAACGAUGGACUGAUGGCGCACCAUCACAGCUGACCUGAGAUGUUUUAUUUUGUUUUGUGUUAGAUUGAAGCCAUAAGUGGGAGUACAUAAAGAUCAAUUUGUAAAUUGGAUCAUUUUUUUUCUUUCUGUUUUUGUGACAGUAUGUGGGACUCCAUUUGUGACGUGUUCAUUUUCUCUUUUUUAUUCUUGUAUUAUGUUUUUGUAAAUACACAGAGAAGUUUCAUGGGUUUUGACUAUGCUGAUAUAAAGCUUCUCUAACCUUAAA